AUGGACAAGAAAAAAGGACAAAGGUCUAAGAAAGGUAAACUUCACAAGUGUCCUACUUGUGGUAAGCGUUUCAAUAGCGAAGCACUAAAACUACAUCAAAAGAGCCAUCUUGGUGAUCAGCGGCACAAAUGUUAUAAGUGUGAGAAGACAUUUAAGCUAAGACAUGAGUUGAAGAAGCAUGAGGCGGGACACAUACCGAAGAAGCCAUUCAGAUGUGACAUUUGUUUCAGCGGUUUCUCAGAAAAAUCAGCUCUCACGGAGCAUCAUAAGUGGUAUGAUGCGGACAUUCCACGUGAGUGCACCAUAUGUGGGAAAUGCACAUUUUCGAAGGCGUUGCACAAGCAUAUGAGAGUCCACUCUGAGGAAAGGAAAUUUGUGUGUGAUGUCUGCGGGUUUAGAUUUGAACAAAAAGUGAUGUUAACAGUUCAUAAACGAAGGCAUUCUGAGAUUAAACGCUAUGCAUGUGACGAAUGCCCAAAACGUUUUGUCCAACGCACGGAAAUGGUGGUACAUAAACGAACACAUUCAAAAAAUAAAAUGUUUAAGUGUAAAAAUUGUCACAAAUCAUAUACCAGUAGAUCUUAUCAGAAGGAACAUGAAAAAGAGUGCGUAAACGGCGUACUGAAUCGCUACCCUUGUCAUAUAUGUGGUAAACAGUUGAGACAUAAGAAUUAUUUAAAGGUUCAUCUUUACAAACAUACUGGAGAAAAAAAGCAUCAGUGUGAAACAUGUGGUAAGAAAUUCUUUGAGAAAACAGUUUUAAAACAACAUAAAAGGAUACACACCAAGGAAAAGCCUUAUAAAUGUGACGUGUGUGACAUGCGAUUUGGUUGGCAGUGUGCCAAAAAAUCGCAUAUGACAACACAUACUGGUGAAAAACCACAUAAAUGUACGAUAUGUGAUAGAAGAUUUUCACAUGUUAUGCAGCUGAAGUCACAUCAAAGAGUGCAUUCUGAUGAAAGACCCUACACAUGUAAGACUUGUGGGAUGAAAUUCAAAUGUAGGAACGCACUUGGAGUACAUAUGAGAAUACACACAGGUGAAAAACGAUACAAAUGCAAUAUCUGUGGGAAAGCGUUUACACAGACAAGCACUCUUAAGAAACAUUCGAAGUCCCAUGUCGGAGAUAAUCUUCAUAAAUGUGAUACCUGUGGGAUAGGCUUCAAACAGUUUAAAAGUCUACGAGAGCAUUGGCCUGUGCACUCUGAAGGGAAACCAUACAUAUGCGUUGUAUGCAGGGAGGCGUUUGCUCAAGAAAGUAGUCUAAAAGAACACAAAAAAAUACACGUGGGUGAGAGGAGAUUCAGUUGCAGUCACUGUGGAAGAAAGUUUGUUGAAAAAUGUAAUAUGAUGAGACAUGAGAAAUUACAUUUAGCUGAGCGACCAAAAUUUACUUGUCAUAUUUGUGGCUGUAGCUAUACCCGUAAAUAUGUUUUAAAAGAUCAUCUAACGGAACAUUUAGAAAACCCAUAUGAGAUAAAAAAACAAACAGCUGUUGUUAAACAAGAUAAUGCAAAGAAACGGGAUAAAAAUAAAACAGCAAACCAUAACAAAAAGAAGAAUGCUAAGAAAAAGAAAAGUUCAACAAAAACCCAUGAAAAAGAAAGUAAUAAUCUGAAUGAAAAAACGAAGCCAUCAGGAGAUGGAUUAAAGAAGUAUGUCAGAUGCGGUAUGUGUGGCAUGAAAUUCUCUCGUAAAGAUGCUUGCAACGAACAUGAAAAAAUGCACAGAAAGGCAUUGACUUGCACUCUCUGUAACAAAAAAUUCUCUCUAGUCUCUACUUACAAAAUGCAUCAAAAAUUUCAUGCUGACAAAAAACGACAUAAAUGUGAUACCUGUGGAAAAUUGUUCUUUCUGAAACAGACAUUGAAGCAUCACCAAAAAACGCAUGUCGAAAAAAUUGUUCCAACUGGUUCACGUGGAGAGGAAUUUUUAAAAAAUUCUUCAAAAAAGAAAUGUUCACAGAAUGAACUUGAUAACAACCAGACAGGUAGUCCAACAAACUGUGAAAAAGGUGUUGCAGCGUGUGAUAGGGUGGAAACUAAUCUAAGUGAUGAGAUGGAUGUAUCUUCUGUGGAAGAUCGGGAAGCUGCUUGCCUGCAGCAAGAUGUCACUAAUAGGACUCAGGUGAGUGAAGCAGAAGAUGUUCACAAUGUGGAGCAGAUGGAAAACAAUGAUCGUGUUACUUACCCUACCUUGUUCCGUGCCCUGACAUCUAACAAUGAGAAAGACUCGUUACCACAAUCUGCAUUGUCUGAUGAAAUAGAUAAUGACAUAAACGUGUCAGAUUCUCCAGCAGAUGAAGAAGAUGUUUGCCUGCCACAGAAUAAUACUGAUCUAGAACCUGCUGAUGAAGAAGAUGUUUGCCUGCCACAGAAUAAUACUGAUCUAGAACCUGCUGAUGAGGAUACUUCUCAGAACCAAGAUGAGUCGGCUGGACAUAAUAGGACUGUUUCUGAAACAGGUGGUAGAUCUGCUACUUCAAAGCCAAAUGUGUUACCUCGUUUCAGGAAGGAAGCUGUACUUGGUGGGAGAAGUUUGUCAGAACUUGCUGCAGCUUGGGCACGUUUCCAGGCUAGUAAGCCAAACACUGGUGGGAAUGUGCCAUCAAAAAGCCGUCAAAAUAAAACUAGGGCAGCGUUGACUGGUGAACAGAGUGUGUCAUCCAGAAAUGUUUUGUUGAAGCUUGUUCAGAAACAUGGUCUAGCCUCUGCUGUUGUUAUUGACAUACCCAGAUGUGACAAUUAUCUUAGUUCAGUUCCAAAAACUGAAACAAACGAACCUUCCCGCGAGGCUGAUGAUGGUUUGAGGAGUGGGAUGCAUGUGAGGUACACACCAUUGAAUCAAGAAGAGAGUGAAAUGAAUGAACAAACCACAGAUGAGAUAAAAAUUGAAGAUGAAAUUUUACCUUCAACAUCAGGAGCCAAUCUCAUUGACCAAGAUGUUACACAGACUGUUCCAAUCGAAACUGACAUUAACAAUGCAACUAACAAUGAAAAUAACAUCCAUCAGAACUCUCAGAGUCAAAAGAAAUCCUACAAUUGUGGCCCAUGUCAUAUUAAGUACGAGAAUACCAUGCUUUACAUUAUGCAUCUGGGUUUUCAUGGAGCACAAGGAUUAUUUCAGUGUAGUGUUUGUCAGCAAAUAUGUAAAGACAGUGUAGAAUUCAACGUACAUAUCCGUAGCCAUCCUUUAAGCUGCGAUAAAAUUGAAUUAGAAUAA